AUGGAGCUCUCUGGAGAGACUGAAUCAGCACCACUCGCUGCGUCCGUCGUCCAAGUCCCGGGCUCGUCCUCCAAUACCGACCUGAUCCACGGGCCUUCCACCAUCGUGGCCGUGGGACUCGUCUUUCAUGAUCUUGCUGAAGCAUACCAUCGAUACGUUCCAUUCGGCAGCUCCACCGGGCGUGCCCUGCCGCCGCGACAGAGGACCGACUGCGACCAGUCGUCUCGGACCAAGACCGGUUAUGACCACUCUGACUACUACCAGCGUCAAGCAACGAUCACCCUGUCCUCCUCAGCUGUAGCAGACAGGUUACCCGUCUUUGCACUAGGCAGGACCUUCUCCGCAUCAGCGGGCCCGACCCAGCAGUGCUCUUCACCAACAGUACUGAAGCUUCUGUAUCCACUCCUGACUACGGCGCUCCAAGGCCCGAUCGUUUUGAGGCUCAAAGCGACGAGCAUGCCUCAUCUCGAGUGCAACCUCUCGAGCGCCAUAUCAAAUCACUCCUCGACGGCCAACUUCACGCUGGCUGCGCGGACCGUUGCUGCCAUGCUGCCGGGCCACACGGCGGAUCGUCGGACAACUCGGUGGAUGUCGGUGGAGGCCAACCAAGUAAUUUCGAACGUCUAG